AUGAGCCACUCGUCCUCGUCGCGGGGUCAGGUGGGACUGAGGUGUGCUAACAGAAGCUGCGAGUUCGCCGUGACCGAUGCAACCUACGGUGGUUACUGCUGCAAGCGGUGUCAUGCCAACGAUGUGCGCUUUCAGCUCAGGUGCAUGCACACAGAAGCGCACGGGCACAAGUGCCAACAAGUGGCCAGUCAGGCCCGGCGGGCAGAGGCGAUCCCACCAGACGAGCCUGCAGCAGAGAGCUCGAGUAAGGCAGCGCUCAAGCUUCACAACCAAGGGCGAUUGCAGGACUUGCGCUGCGCAUCCUGCAAAGCGGGUGAUGCGAGCGCGGGGCCUGCAGAACUUCCGGAACAAUCGCCGGAGCUGCCGGAGGAAGUUCCUGCAAGGAGACCUCCCCAACCAGCUGCACCAGCUGCGCUGCCUCGGGGCAGCAUUGGCUGGAGCAUCAAGCGCAAGAGGGACGCGGAAACGCCGCCGUCAAAGAGAUCUACGGCCGCGUCCGCAGGUCCAGCCGAGCCUAGGACUGGAACGGAAGAGACAAAAGCACAGCCAAAAAAAUUACCAACGCCAAGGCCGCCAAGGAAGACCAAGCCUGCCGUUCCGCCUGGAUUGGGCCUUGAGAGUGAACGCCGAAAGGUGGAGACCCAGAUGGAGCUUUUCUCAGCAGUGCGCCGAAUCAAGAGGACCUGCAGGCGCGUCCUAGCUCAGUCGGAGUUACCCGUGGAAGUCGCUUCUGGCUCAGAGGACAACGAGCCGCCUCCGGAAGGGUACCAGCCUUCUGAACGAGAUCACCUAAUCUGGAAGCUGUGUGGACUGCGCCCGGUCGCGGGCUACGAAAGGGAGUUCGCAGCUUUGGUGGAUGAGGCCGAAGCCCGCGCAUUGGAGAGUGUGCAGAAAGGGGAGAGAAGGGUGCCCGAGCUGCGGAUUCUGGAACGGCUCAUUCCAGGUAACCUUCCCGACGCCGACGACGUUGAGUACUGCCCGGUUUCUAAGGGUUCAGGUCAUAGCUUCGAAGUUGAUUGUCGUACAUCCAAUCCAAGUGAUACCUGGAGCGCCGGGAGAAUGGCGUUUAUCAGGCCGUCCAUGUGGUUAGCUUUGCUGCAGACGUUCUGGGUCGACGCGUCGGUGAUCCGCACGGAGAUGCAACACAGCCAGCGCCAGGAGGUCGUUGUGGACGCCCAGGCAGCCACGGACGUGGACAAGCCGCGGCAUGUUCGGGCAAAGCAGGCAGACACCGUCUCCCAUGGGAAAGCCGGCCAUGUCAAGACUCAGAAGCACGCGAAGCACAGCAAGAGGAACAAGAAGGUUGAAGAGCCUGCAUCCUUAAUGCGUGCAGAGCCCUCCGCCGGCUCCGAGACAAAGCCUCCGAACGACGAGGAGUCCACGGACGAUGGGGAUGAGGACGAGGGGGAAGGGAACGAAGAGUCGUCCCAGGAGUCGACACAGGAAGGAUCGGAAGACAAGACGCCAUCCACCGAGAAGGACGACUCUACCGGCGAAGACACCACUGAGGAUACGGACUCAGACACGCAGGACACUUCCGCUGACACUGACACUGACUCAUCAGCCGCAGCCUCAACAGAGGACAUGAAGGGUGAAGAGGCUGAAGAGGAUCCUGGCGAUGGCACUGGCGUGGCAACCGAAACGGUACAGAUUUCUGACAGCGGCAACCGAAUUUCUGGCACCUCCAAUGCAAGCGCAGCCGUGCUGAUGUCAGACUCGGAAUCCUUCUCUUCGCUCAAAGCCAUUUCCCAGGCAAACUCUUCGAAUGACCAUUCCUCCGCUGCGACAGGUGCGAGGAUCGCCAGCAAUCUCGAACAAGGAUCUUCCGAGUCGGCAGAGGUGCAGAGCUCGUCGGAUGCUGACGCCGAAAGCCUCGAAGGCUUGGAAGAAGGCCUGGAAGAAGGGGAGUCUGACGAGCUGGUGAGGGGGGCGGCACAGGCGUGCGUUGGCACCAUGAUCGAGAAGUGCCCAUCUGACAAGUCCGAUCCAUGCAAGUCUUCAGACGCCGGAACAUGCGUGAAUGUGUUUCACAAGUGCGCCGACGACAAGCUCACACAGUGCGUGACUUGA